GUAGAGCGGCAAAAUGAGACCCUUAACGCGAUAGAUCAGAACACCACCCGCUAAAUUAGGGCACACGGCGAUUCCUUAGCCAAAUUGAAGAUGAGGAGAAUUCCUCUGCUGCAUUACAGUUCCAAUGCUAUUCGCUUUAGCUCAUGCUUUGCUAUUUUCCGUUCUGUUUUGGCAUUUACAACCAGAGAUUGUGCUUCUUCUCAUAGCAAUACAUCCAUUCCGGCAAAGGGUAAAAUUGGGGUAGCUAGCAGGUUUGAGAAUGUCAAGUGUUUAGAUGAAGCUGUGAGUCUAUUCCGUCGAAUGGUAAGAAAGCAGCCUCUUCCUUCUGUUUUCGACUUCUCCCAAUUAUUAAAGACUGUGGUAAAUAUGAAGCAUUACUCUUCUGUUGUUUCCCUUUUUCGAGAAAUGCUGAAAUUAGGCAUCCCAAUUAGUGAUUCCAUCUUGAAUAUAGCGAUUAACAAUUAUUGCCUAAUGCAUUGUUCUGACUGUGGAUUUUCAGUGUUAGCCAUUUACUUGAAGAAUGGCAUUCCAUUUGAUGUUAUCACCUUUAACACCUUAUUAAGGGGACUCUUUGCUGAAAAUAAGAUCAAAGAUGCAGUUGUCUUGCUCAAAAAGUUGGUGAGAGAGAAUAUAUGUAAGCCUAAUGAAGUCACAUAUUUGACCGUCAUGAAUGGGCUUAGCAAAAGGGGCCAUACUCAGAAAACUUUUGAUUUACUUAAGGUAAUGGAACAAGGAAGCAUUAAACCCGACACACGUAUCUACAACAUUGUUAUAGAUGCCCUAUGCAAAGAUAGAAUGAUAGAUGCUGCUAUUAGCCUUUUCGAAGAGAUGAAACAAAAAGGCAUGCCUCCGACAAUUAUCACAUAUAAUGUGUUGAUUGAUGGUUUGUGUAAGUUUGGUAAGUGGGAAAAGGUUAGGACUUUGUUCUUAGAAAUGAUAAAUCUUAAUAUUUAUCCAGAUGUGCACACCUUGACCAUGGUGAUAGAUGGAUUAUGCAAAGAAAGAAAAAUUGAAGAUGCUGAGAAGGUAAUGAGACACAUGAUCGAAAAAGGUAUAGAGCCAGAUGUGGUCACCUACAAUGUGAUAGUUGAUGGAUAUUGCUUACGCGGUCAAAUGGAUAGAGCAAGGAGAAUUUUUGAUUCCAUGAUUGAUAAGAGCAUUGAGCCUAGCAUUAUUAGCUAUAACAUAUUAAUAAAUGGAUACUGUAAGAAAAAGAAAUUAGAUGAGGCCAUGCAUUUGUUUCACGAUAUUUCUCGAAAUGGAUUGAGAGCUUGCAUUGUUACCUACAAUACUAUCUUGCCAUAUCUGUUUGAAGUUGGAAGAACUGACAUUGUGCAAAAAUUCUAUGAUGAUAUGCUUUCUAUGGGGCUCAGACCUGAUUUAUGCACUAAUUGCAUUUUGCUCCGUGGUUAUAUUCAGAAUGGACUUGUUGAGAAAGCUAUGUUGCUAUUUCAUGAGUUGGAAAAAAAGAGAAAAGAUAUUGAUAUUGAACUUUACACUGUUAUUAUUGACGGAUUGUGCAAAAAUGGUCAGCUCGGCAAAGCUCAUGCUAUUUUUGAGAAGCUUUCUUUGAUUGGAUUGUUUCCCAAUUUGAUUACAUGGACUGCAAUAAUAAAUGGAUUAUGUCUAGAAGGGUUGUUAGAUGAAGCCAAAGAUAUGCUAAGAAAAAUGGAGGACAAUGGUUGUUCGCCAAACAGCUACACUUACAAUGUUAUUGUGCGAGGAUUUCUCAAGUUUGGCAAAACUAGUGAAAUGACAACUUUUUUGAAGGAAAUGACUGAAAGGGGAUUCUCAUGUAAUGCAAGUACAGUAAAGUUACUAAUAGCUGCUAUAGCGAAGGAUCCUUCUUUGCUUAACAUGAUACCUCAAUUUCGCUUGGGAAAUAAGAAGUGAUUUAUUUCACUUGAUUUAUUCAGCUAUACUUAUUUUCACAUUUAUCGUCUUCUUUUAACACAAGAGGCUGAGCUGAAUGAAGGAUGAUUAUAGCUACCAUCUAGUUAAAGCACUUGUAUAUUUUAUUUUCUCAAACAUUAAAGUGUUGUGUGGAUGUUAAGUGGCUAUUAAUAUGAUCUUAACAGGGUAAUUCUUUGUUAUGCCCCUUAGUUAUUCUUUUUGUUCUA